GGGCUAUAUCUGCAUAGUUUAUGUUAAUUUAAAUAUUGUUUUAUGUAUUCAUAUAGUUUAUGGAAAAACAGGUUUUAUUUUAAAAUCAAGCAUGGUGUAACAGUGAGCAGUUAUAUUUUUCAAAAGGUUAAUUAAAAGGCAUUAUGGAAAGCAAAUGUUUAGUUCUGUUACUCGCUGUCGUUUACUGCGCACGCUCAUAUGCACAACAGGGGAAAUGCCCGGAUGGUUGUUAUUGUAAUAACAAGUUUGUCGAUUGCCAAUCUUUGAUGGACUUUCCGCUGGACUUGUUACGUGAUACUCAACGUAUCCGGUUAUCACACAUGAACAUUGGAGAAAUUCCCAAGCACGCGUUCAGUUACCUUUCAAAUGUUACUUUAAUCGAAAUAGAACAGUCAAAUAUUGGUAUCAUUGCUGGAUGUGCUUUUGAAAACAUAUAUUCUUUACAAGAACUCGUGUUUGACAAAACAGUUAUUGGAAAUAUAGAAAGCUAUGCAUUUAACGGACUGUCAAAAAUGAAACGGAUUGAGUUUCUUAAAAGCAGAAUUGGAAGAUUUAAAUCGUUUGCUUUUUAUGAAUUAUCUUACAUAGAAAAACUCAACUUACUUGAGACUAACUUUCUUUACUUUUACUCCAAUGCAGUAUACGGGUUACAUAAUAUAAGCACACUGACACUCACUAGUAACAACAUGAGUGAUAUAGUGACAGAUGCGUUUAGAGAUGUAAAGGUAGGCACUUUAAGAGUAUCAUCUAACUCUCUCUGGAACAUGCACUGUGGUGUGCUCGACGUCAUGUUCCAGUCGGCAAGAACUUUCUCAUUUUCAAGCAACACUUUCUAUUGUAACUGUUCCGUACACUGGAUGCUUAGUACUUCAGGAAGACAGAAGUACGCGGAAAUUCUGCCUGACAAUAUCUGUCAUGGACCAGGUAGAAUGAAUGAAACCGCAAAUCUAGCAGAAGUUAACUUCAGUGACCUUAACUGCAAGACUAUAAAGAAAGAUGAGCCGCUACAAUGUGAUGCGAUUAAAAUAAAAAAUUUGAAUCCAACAUGUGAUCCUAGCAAACGAAGACCUAAUAGUCCAAACGGACAUGAAUGAGGAAGAUGGAGAUGCCGGAAAUGGUGUAUCGUCUGCAAUAAUUACAGUCACGAUCUUAUGUGCGUCCCUAGUGACUAGCUUUCUAGUAUCUAAAUAGGAAUAAUGCAUGUUUUUGUUCGUAUUAGAUCUAUGACGUCAUUUAAUCCAUAUUGGGUAUGUUUCUAUACCCUGGCAGAUAUACAGGAUCGCAAGUAUAAAAUACCAUACAAAAUGUCCAGAUGUAUGUAAACUAUUCUAAAACAAAAACAUUAAUUCAAACAGGAUUCCAUAACUGCUGACAUGUUUGCUGUGGUGGUAUUGGUAGUUUUCACUCCGGGUCACAGCAGUUAGCUUUCAUUGAUUUUACCAAAGCACAGUUCAGCCACCGCACCACUCCUGGGCAAGCUGACAAGCAGUUUAUCAGUAUUAGUUGCCUUCACUUUCGCAAGGAAUUGAAACUUUUGUACAUACCAGAGCAUAGGUACAGUGCGAAUGACCGUAGAAAUGAUUUCAUGAUCAAUCACAACGAAAGUAACCUACACCGUCUGGGAAUCGUUUGCUCUGGUUAUGCCAAAUUAAAUAUUACUUUCAAAAAAGGAACAUCAUAAUUAGACAUUAUCGUGUAAAAUAACCUUUUCUAUGAGCUUUUUUGUAAAAAAAAUUAGAUCUAUAUAAACAAAAGUAUAUUGUACAUGUAUGUUAUUUUUGUAUUAUAAUA